AUGCGUACGAAAGCUCCCGGUGCCGCAACAUUUCCGCAGGUUGUGAAAAGCCGAUUUGGAACGGUUGUACACCUCAUUAUGGUCGUCAAUUUCUUACUCACGGCUGUAGUUAGCUUGAUGAUGAUCGUCUUCAAUGGAGGUACGAUUCUAGCUGCAACAACAGAAGAUUCGAGUUUCGAGAAGUUGAUCACUUGCAUUUUUAUAUCUAUUGCCGCUUGUGUGGUCUUCAUUGAAUUUGGAAACUUCCACCAAACUUUAUACCUGGUCUUUAUAUUCCUGCUUCUGAUGGUCGCAACCCUGGGGUUAUCUAUGUUCAACGAUUCUCGAAACUUUCCCUUAGUAGGAGUGAUGCGCUGCUUCCUGUGCCAAGGAAACUGGGUGUCCGGCAUUGAUUUACCACUGGAUCACAGCAGUCUAAGUUUCGCCCUCGCCGCUUUGGCCAUUUUCUCUGUUCCAUUUCUAUACGCUGUCUGUCUUGGUCUCGGCUAUGUAGCUCUUCAGUCGGCCAUGAAUGAAACACUGUCUCGGGGCUGUAAAUGGACACCCGGCAAGUUCCUAGCCAUUUGA